UAACACUUCCAUCUAUUUAAACCCCUCAUAUCUCCCCUCCGCAACAUUUCUCCUCUUCUUUUCUCAUCAACAACUACAAUUCUACAUCUCUACAUCACUUCAAUCUACAACUACAUACCACACUCUUCAAACUUUUUAACUUUUACCACAUAAAUCUAUCAAAAUGGUUUUCGGCUGGGGCGAAUCUCAAGAACACUACGACCAAUACCAAAGCGAAGACACUGCCAGUCUCGGUCAUGAGGUUCUCGCAGGAGGUGCUGGUUUCGCCGCCAUGAAGAUGUUCGAGGACAGACAACGCAAGGAGGGAAAGCCAGUCUCCCACGCUUUUGCUAAGGAGCUUCUCGCCGGUUUCGCCUCCGCUGAAGUCGACAAGUUGGCUGAGACCAAGGGUGAGGACUGGAUCCGUGAGCACCGAAUGAGAGAAAGGUCAGAGGAACAAGCCAAACACUUGUACGAUCAACAUUAUGGCCAGGAUGAUCAAUACGACCCCAACCAACGUGGUCCCCCAGAGCACUUCAACAACUAUGACAACAACUGGUAA